ACACUCACUGCAACCUCCCUGUCCCACACACACACUCCUGCACACACUCCUCCUCCAGCAGCAGCAGCAGCAGAAGAAGACACCGCGCUCAUACACACCAUGCGUACCUGUGCGGAUCUACUCUACCUCAUCAUACUGGAUUUUACGGGCACUUCUGGUUGAUAUCGAAACAGACUGAAUUCUGGGAGGAUAAUCCGAUCUGCGGAGAUUAGAUUUUUACUUUUCUGAUACCUGUUGGACAGAGACGGCUGAACGCUGCGGCAAAGGUGAGGAGAAACUCUUUUUGGCUUCUGCUCCGCGUAUUUUACGCACCUUGAGCGCUAAAGUAAAGGAUUAUUGAACCGAGGCAAAGUUUGUUUGGUCUAAUUGUGGUUUGAUGAAUAAACUGUGUAAAUCGGAUUGUCUAAAGGACUAUCAGAUGGGAGAAAUCUCUGCAAGCUGAAAAGUCAAAGUUGUUGUGAUUCCAUUUCGAUUUAAGCGAUCUCCAAAUUUAGCUCACUUUUUUUUUGGGCUUCAAAAAUCUCGACUUUUGCCUCCACGUGCAGUUUGGCAACAAUAUUUCCGUGACUCGUCUAUAAAAAUACACUUGUGAGUUCUUCUCUAACAAUUAGAUCCCCUGUGUUAGUUGGUAAAUAUGAUUGAUAGUCCUCUCGGUGCGCCCUGCCCCGCUUAUCUUGGCUCGCUGAGAGACACACAUCGGAUGGUGUGUGAGUGUGAGGAUAUCAGGCUUUAUCGCUAAGGAGGGGAAACAGGAGCUCAUUUAGCCCACUCUAGAGCUAUGUAAAUUUAAACAGUAAAUCCACUUCAGGCUGCGACUUUUUUAUGGCUUCAAACUGCAAACACGAGCUGAAUGCGCAAAGACAAGGAGAAGCUGUUUUUUCUUUCCACGAAAAUAGUGAUAAUGUCUAAUUUUAGCCUUUGGUGCUUUCAGAGAGUCGUUAAUCGAGUGUGACAAGCAACAGCCUGCUGAUGGGUUUCACUUAUCUCAUUUAAAUAGUUAAUAUCGGUGCUUUCACACAGUUUCUCCGCCAAUCAGAGACUCGCAGCGGAACUGGUGCGUAAAAAAAGGCCCAUUAUCCGCUACCUGCCGCUUUAACGCGCUCACUUUAAGCUCCCUUCAAAGAGAUGUCUUAUCAACAGCUCAAAGCGCUAUCAGAUAAACGCAGCAGCAGAUUAUUGAGCUGAUCUACUGAUGCUGUUUAAAUUCUUUACAUUUUCACAAGAGGAGCAGGGCUUAGCGCCUGGUGGUGCGUAAAAACAGGGAAAAUGGUCGCUUUGGGUCCGCUGUAAUCCAGGUUAAAGUUUAGAUAAAGUUCAUGUCACUUUUUUUAACCCAAACUUUGCAUUAUAAAUAGAAAUAUUUCAUUAAACGUGAUUAUAAGAUAACCUAAUGUUCAAUAAAGUCACUUUAAUAAAGGUCAGUUUUCAUUGAAGACAAGUCAGUACAGUCUUUUGUGCAAAAGUCUAUUUUUGAGAUUACUUUGCAGUUUUUUGUCUGAGUUUAUUCGUCAAAUCAGUUUGGAGUACUUGGCUUUAUUUCUUUCUUACAGUGAGUUUGAGUGCUUACAUUUAAGCCUUUUGUGUGUAUCUAUGUUCCUUACAAAGCACACUCAAUCCCAGCUACGUUUUUAUCUCACAGAUCUUUAUUGUUGAACCUCUGCACAAUCUCUGACAUUGCUGAUUGAGACCUAAAACAAAUCCAAGAUUUUCUUUCAUUGUUUUUGACACUGAAGUAUACGGAUCCCGUGUUUGUUUCACUGUUUUCCCAGAUUCAAACCUUGUAAGGUCAUAGAGCUCACACAAAGACUCUCACGCUGGCCAUUGAACUGAAUUCACCAGAAAAAAAUGCUCUAAAUCUGCAAAUGUUACCACUGGCAUGCUGCGUCAUGGCUGAGUCUUUGCUAAUAUUGAUGUUAUCAUUACAGGAUUUAGAGGAGGACGCAGCCGUGCCAUGAGAGUCCACUUUUAAGUGUGAGCCAAGAGGUCCAGCAGCUCUUUGUGUUUGUUGUCCUGUGUGAAGCGGAGUCUCUGUCCAACAUGAGGAGCAGCUCUCAUGUCCUGCCUCUGGGUGUGCUCACGGCUCUGCUGCUGUCUCAGCUCUGCUCCGGCAUCAAAUGGCUGUAAGUACUCACCUCUCCCUCUCUCUUUAAGCCUGCACUAUCUGUGCAAUCAGUCUAUGUCAAAAUACAUGACGUUAUGCAGAUGCACUGCACUGUGUGGCUCUUUCUGCGUGGUUUAUAGAUUUGAGGGCCUGUGGCAGCUUUGAAAAGGGCCCCUACGUUCCUCCUGAUGCUCCUGAUGAAGGCUGCGUGCUCUGUACAUGUGUGUCUGAUGAGAGGUUAGAGGAUUAGCUGGCAGUUUUUCAGGUCAUGAACGGAAACCUCUUUGUCUUCAUGACUUCAGUUUGGCUUCAGUAAAAGGAGAUAGGAUUCAUGUUUCGGUUAAAAAAUGACAAUGAAAGUUUCCCUCCUGCUGCUGCUGCACAAAAACAAAAAGAUAAGAGGAGAAAAAAGGGUAAAGAUGAUGAGGCAUCAUGGAUAAACUUUCUUGGUCACUCAGGGUAAAAAUAGAGUGAAUGCUGGCUCAAACUUUUGCACGCACCAAGCUUCACACUGGUCACACUGGUUUAACCGUGGAGAAAAACCAAACAAUCAUUUUCACUGUAAUUAUAGUAAGACCGUAAAAUUACCAAGUUUCUUUUUUUUCUUGUUUUAUUUCUCUUUCAGCUGGAUCUUCUGCACAGCUCUCUUUGGUAUCCUCAUAAAACCUUUGCGGUUGUCGUCAUAGCUUGCGUGUUCUGUUGUGUGUGUCUCCAUCUGAGUUUUAUCUCCGUGUCUAAUGUCACAUCGCUGUCAAAACAGAAAUGUCUGGAAAGGCUUUCCAAAAAAUAUCCACGGAUUCUUAUCAGGGAGAGUAGUGAUAUUAUGAGGGAAGACUUUGGCGUAUUUCGGGGCGGAGAAGGACACGGUGACUUUUGAAAAUUAAAAUCUACUGAUUCCACUUCUUAACUGGGGUAAAAGUUAAGAUGUUUUGCUCUGGAGUCCUCCCAGUAUCAGGGUAAGAGCAUAAAGUAGACCUUUGAGAGUCAUCUCUAUCAGCUCUUAGUCUGCAACGUCACCUUUUUGUUUUAGAGAUCAUGAAACUAAUUCAGAAAAAACAAAACAAAAAGAACAUCGACUUUGCUCUGAUGUGUAAAUGAUUUAGAUGGUGCCCUGAAGUUGUCGCCAUGGUGGUUGCCUCUCUUAUGCCAACGUUUCUGCAACUUGAUGAUCAGUCAAAGCCGUCAAAUCCAGUAAACGCCUCUAUUUCAGUGUCUGGUUUCCUGCCCUCCAUGGUUAUGUCUUAAUUUGUCUUCAGACCUCCUGAAAACAUUCACAACUUUUCAGAGAAGGCUGCAUUUAAGAAAAAGAGCCAAAACUCAGUGUGUGCAAAGGGGGGGUGACAUUUAUGUCAUGUUACCGAGCAAACACAAAAGAGCGACAAGUAACCGGGUGAAGGUGAAGAAAAAGCAAGGACCAUUUCAAGACGAGAACAGUGCAGUUGUCUGCACAUCUGUCUGUUUACUUGAAGCACUGGUAUGAAUUUAAAAGCCAUUCAUCACAUCGUAGAUCUCUGUUGCUUUGACGUCAUGUCCUGCCUCCUGACAACCCCCGACCCCCACCAUCACCUCCCUCAUCCGUCAGGGGAGACUUCAUGCUGAAAGGGACACGUGUGAAUGAGCAACUUCGGAAAACUGAAGGUCCAAAGCUCCUGAAAACCUCUGAAAAUAUCAAGGAGUGUGAGUGCAAAUCAGGCUUUUUUUGCCCUUUUUGGCAAUAAUUUUUCUGCAUGACCUUAUUUUGAACUGAAGGCAAGAACUUCAGCUUCUUUUAGUGUGAACUCCCGUAUUGAUGUUGAAAUCAGCCAUUAUUUUAGAGAAGGAUAAAAUGUCCUCUCACUAUUGCAAGCGUUUCCUCCUCCCUCUUGUUCAUAACAAACAUGUCGUUACAAUUUGAGCUCCUAUGAGGAAUUCUGGACAUUUAUAGAACAGACUGAAAUUUGUAUUGAUGCCUUUUCAUGAUAUUCAAAUGCAAACAAGAAUGCUAGCAAUGAGAUAAAAGAUGAUUAUUCCAGCUUUUAAUGCCUGUAACUCUAGUGAUGAGCGUAGGGGUAAAAAACAGCCACUCUUACUUUUUCAAUAUUGAAGAUCCACAACAGUUUACACAACUUACCAGUAAAUAAUCAACAAGGUGAGAUUUUAAUAAUAAAAACCAACUACUUAGAUAUGUAUUUUACAAGAUAAGCACAUCCAGCUCUGUCCACAGGAGGCACCAAAACCAACACAAACCAAAAGUUGCUCAUAAGAAGUGAUUCAGCUCCUCUUAUUUGCAAGGGUAGAAAGAGUACAAGAUAUUCCUCUCAAAUAAAAGUACAGCCACUUAAAGCUCCUGUGAGGAAUUUUCUGUUUGUGUUGACUUUGGUGCCCCCUGUAGGCAAACUGAAAAUCAUCUAACCGUUGUGAAAGUGGAGUUAAUUGAUAGGAAAACCUCCGUGUCCUGUUGGAGGGUUUUAACAAUCUAGGAACUUGAUUGUUAAGACUGAAACUGAAUGCAAAAUGCAAAAUCUUCUUGACAAGUGUCUAAAAACAAUAUUUAAUACUUAUUUUCAAUAACUUCUGUCUUGAAAAUUUUAACAGAAGGUUUAUAUUUGAGACUUUGAGGCUAGUGCAGUUUGAGUAAGUGUAUGUAGUCAGAUAGUUUGGUGAAAUAUCAGGUGAAGUCCCUUGUAAAGAUUGAAGAUUUUUACAGUGAAGAUCAUCUGUCACUUGAUUCAAGAUGUGAUUUUCUGUGGAUUAUCUUACUCAGCUGCAAUUUUUUUAGUAAAAUGUGUCAUGGUGAAAUACUAUCUAGUGAAAAUUUGCUUGUAUUUUUAUAAAAUAAAAAGAUGUUCACCUGAAUUUUUCCAGUUUAUAGGAAAUUUCUUGAAAAACAAGACAGACACCUGUGCAAAGUUCUAGAAUUUUGCAGGAUGCACUACAGAUAAAACAACAUUUUUCCCUCUUAAGUUAUAAGAAGUAGAAGUUACAGAUGUUGGUGUUUAUAUGUAGAAGGUAAUGGUAUUUUUUUCAGGAAGUGUAUAAAUUUUAAGGACCGAUACCUUACAACUCCUCUUGUGUGCAUUAGUAAAGAAUUUCUCCAUCUUCUAGCAGAUGUGUCCAUCAGAGCUUGACGUCUGCUAGAUCGGAGCGAGAACUCCUGCGGUUUUGAUAAAACACAGCGUUACAAUACAAAACAGAUGCUGCUGUAAACACCUGUGAGUGCCGGGUUAAGGCGAGCGCAGAGGAGUCACAGCUUAUCAUCGGGCACAGAGUGGCGGCCCCUUGGCCUCUUAAUGCAAAACAGACCACGGAGCGGGCGGCGCUGCGGUUCUCACGAACCCUCAACAGAGAGCUGGACGAUCAGAGCUAACCUGCUCCGCCUGUGGAUCCCUCCAUUAAGUUUAUCCUCAAUCCAUUUAAAUCAAAUGUCUGCAGUCUUUUAUUGUCUGUAAACUAAUGAUUUGUGUCAAACCCGAGCCACAGGGGAUGACUCUUCCUGUGGUGAAAAAGUGCAAAUGGCGAAGGAUCUGUGCAGCGUUUUAUCUGAUUAUGGAUCAGAGUUUGUGGGAUUUUUUUUUUAUUUCUGGCAGAUCUAAAGGCUUCUGCUGUCCAUAACAAAAGAAGAGGCCCACGCCAAGACUGUGUCACUUCUGCUUUAUGAAUCCACAGCUGGCUUUCCUUUGGGAUCCUCGUGUGAUAAGAUGGUUCUUGUCUGCGAUGCGUGCCAAAAUAAUCCCCUGCUGUUCGGAUUCUUCAGUUGUUUGUUCACAGGAAAAUCGCUAACACACCACUGUAACUGAACCUCCCUGCGUGCUUUUUACUCACACAAACCUGAAAAUUUUACAUCUCAUUUAACAAAAGGAGCGAUUGAGAAACCACCACACUGUAAUCAUCACCUCAGUGAUUAAGUGAUUGUGUACACUGACCGAUCCCUUUUGUUUAUGUUCCCACAGAGCCCUAUCACACACUCCUGCAUCUUUUCACAUCAACCAGACCCAGCACUGUAAGCUGCUGCCCGGCAUGGUCUCCUCUCAGGCUCAGCUGUGCCGCAGCAACCUGGAGCUCAUGCAGACCAUCAUCCAGGCCGCCCGUGAAGUCAAGAAGACCUGCCAGAAGACCUUCGCUGACAUGCGCUGGAACUGCUCCUCCAUUGACAUCCCACUUGAUUCACCGAAGUAUCGACCUGACCUCGACCGAGGUACGCUCUAAAAAUCUGUUUGACAUGACGACAUGGAGGCAGUUUUUUUCCAGAGAGCAGGCCAAACUUCUUACCCACAAAAAUUUUGGUGUUUAUGGUCAUGCUCGACUUUCAAUGAAUUUCCAGAGGGCUGGUCAUUGUGUGAUGAAUGUGUUACCAUUCGGUUUACAGUAACUGUUGAAAUGACUCUCCAACCUUUUACGGUGUCUGUGCCACAACAGAUCGAUCUGUUUGUGUUAUCGUGGCAGCUAUUUGGAGUGCUUUGACAUGGAAAUGUGGCCUUUAAACAAGUGAUUCCUGGAUUUGAGGCAAAAUGAACAGGUCAGAAAUGUCUCACUUGUAAGUCUGAGCCGCUUUAAGAGUAUUUCUUAGUCUGUUUAUACCUCUAAUGAGACAGCAGGGUGGGGUGAAAAGAGUCAGGAAUGUGGACUUUUGAAAACUGUAAUCCCUGUUACCAAGGAGCUAGGCCCUACAGUGAUUUAAGCAUUGUCUCUUAUAAUGAUAAAUGCUGCUUUCCAGUUGAAGCAAUACAUCUAAGUCCCUUUUACACUUCAUGUCAAUCUUAUAAUGUGACUUUAAAUUAGUUCUUUAUUUCUUUUGUGCCACUACAACACUGUAACACAUGGUAUUGAACAACAGGUCGAUUGCAGUAGUUUGAUUUCAACUCGACUUUUAGAGUAUAUGUUUACCUGAGUGGAAUUCACUGUGUUGUACAAACACACCUUGAUCAUGUGUUUGGUGAUUGAUUUUCUCUUAAACAUUUAUUCCCCCCAAUCAGACCAGAACAGGCCUGAGGGUCGAGCACGCUCCAGAGGUGGUUUGGCUGCACGCAGUGGUUCUGCAGAGGUGGUUAGGAUUCUCAUGUUCCUCUCACAUCUGUGCCCACCUACUUUAAAAGCAAGUCUGAGAUAGAGACUUAUUUUUGCCACAGUGUCAACACGCAGAGAUGAAAUGCUGUCAGGUGGUCCCUAGCAUCACUAAUGAUGUUGAGAAUUAUGACCAGUCAGAGUUGAGUAUUUGAUUGCAGUGCAAAGGCAGAAUCUUAAUAUCUAAGUGCCUCCCUCUUUUGCUCUGUUGCUCCACUGAGCGCCCUCCUUAGUCCUGAUGAGAUCGUUUGGUGAUGGCUAAAUGAGCAGGAUUUUUCUUUUGAAUAUAAUUUUCAGGUUUUAUACAUUAUUUUUACAUUAUAUUGUUGAUGUAUGUGAAGCAUCUGGGCUUGUCAUGCAUCUGUUUCAGCUUUUUUGCAGCAUAUUUCCUUCAUUGCAUUUAUUUGAACUUUUGCAUGUUUUUUGAAUCUGCACCAUUUCUGAAUUUGCUGCCUGUUUCUUCUGAUGUAAAUCAUAUGAGUCGUUGACGUCUGGUUGUCCUUGUCAGCCACCGUACUGUUUCCAUUAGCAAAAUAACCUUAAUUCAAACACGGUUGCUGGUCUUAAGUGGGGGAGCUGUGCAGACAUGGCUGCCUUUCUCUAAAUGAGCAGUCUUCACUGAACAGGAAACGGCUCAUCUCUGUCCAGGCUGAGCUUUGAUCUAACAAGCACACGCUCAUACAUAAUUUCUGCCCUUACUUCCAAUUGCUCUGCAGCCUUUAACAUGUGUGCUUUCUGUGUACUCACAUCACCUCCAAUUACAUCAGGGCUCACUCUGACUUGCAACUCCAGCUGUGAUGGACUGUGUUGGAAAGAUUCAGUUAAGGCUCUCAGUCAUUUUUUCUCCUCUGAGGCAGAUACGCCUGAGAGGAAGAGAGGAAAAUAGAUGGCAGAGAUGUGUGUGUUACAGAACUUUUCAAUGUUGGAUUAGAUUUACUUAUUUGCUUUGAUAUCUUUUGAUCAGUGGAAUGCGUUGUAACCUAAAUCCGAUCAGGCUGACUACUGCAGACGUCAACUAACACUCAGCACAAGUUAUGAGAAAUGAUAGCGGUUUCCUGUCUCUAAAGAAUGAAACUUUUAUGAUUUUAACAACCAUUAAACUCAAAUAAAGUCAAAUUCAAUUUAAAGACAAUGUCCUACCUCAGAGUUUGAUACACAUGAAUUGAAUUUUUUAAAGAAAAAUGCCUCAUAGAGCGUUUUAAUCUGGCAGGUCAUCAACUUAUUAAUCAAGAAAUUUUUGACCUUAUGCUUUAGAAGCACGGGACAGGGUAUUUUCUUAUGAUCUGACAGUAAACAGGCAGAAAGAAAUUUGAUACUUACCCUACCUACAAUCACUAAAUGGUUUUAGGUCUUUUUAAAAACCAUUGGAGACUAAACUGCAGAAACCAUUUCUAAUCAUGCCAAAUUUAAUCUGAAGCCCUUUCUACAUUGAGGUUCUUACCUUAUUGUACUUUAGCUCCAUAGGAACUGCAUUCAGUGCAUUAACAGGAAAUAAAUAAAGGAUCUAUGUAUUGUAUUAGUUUGACUAAAACCUGACUUUGGAAAUCAAAUUUCUUGAAGUUAGACUAACACACUGUAUAUCUGUAGUAGGGUGACCAUACGUCCUCUUUUACCCAGACAUGCCCUCUUUUUUGGGGGCUGUCCGGGUUUGUCUUGGGAAGUUUAUAAAAUCCUUUAAAUGUCUGCGGUUUUGUAUGUAAGUUUCGAUUUUGUGUCACGUGGACUUACUGAGUUAGAAGCACAUAAAAGACACUUGAUCCGACCCGAAAAACUCUCAAAAUUAACGUCAUGCGACUCUGUGACUCUGCCCCCGUGUAGUCAUGUCCUCUUUCUGGGAAGUUAGAAUAUGGUCACCCUUAACCUUAUGUUUGAGCAUGAAAAUGACUCGUGGAGUUCCCCAGGGCUCUAAUCUGGGGCCUCCUCUGUUCAGAGUCAACUUGGUCGCACUAGCUCAGAUCAUAGAAAAUUAAUUAAGUUUCAAUAAUUUUAUUGACAAUACACAAUGAUACAACAUAAAACAAUAUCAGCAGUAGACCAUGGUCCUGUACAAGCUCUGAAUGAAAGUAGUGAACAAAUUACAUUAAAAUAGCUAAAGCAACAUAAUGCUGUAGGUUUCCCAACCAGAAAGCCAAGUAUGUUAGCCUGACUACAACUGUAUAUUCUAGUGGGCUAAAAACUUGGUACACAUUUUGAAAACAUUAUGCGAUAGACAAUGCAUUUCCUUGUCUGGGUCAUUUAAUUUUGUCUUCUCAUCUCACUCCAUAGGAACAAGGGAGUCUGCAUUUGUCUACGCCCUGUCAGCAGCAACCAUCAGCCACACCAUUGCACGGGCCUGCACUUCUGGAGAUCUGCGGCUGUGCUCGUGUGGUCCUAUUCCUUCAGAAAUCCCAGAGCCUGGAUACCGCUGGGGAGGCUGUGCUGAUAAUCUUCACUAUGGUUUGAUGAUGGGAUCCAAGUUCUCUGACGCUCCCAUGAAGAUGAAGCGUGCAGGCUCCCAUGCCAACAAACUGAUGCACCUGCACAACAGUGAAGUUGGGAGACAAGUAAGUGUAAUGUUUUAAUUACUCAUGUGUCAAUGAAUUUGAAUGGUUACUGUAAGGACUUAAAUAAAGACCAGUAUUCAGGCUAUCAGCCAUAUCCCUUAUAAGGAUGGAAUCACUCUUGUCCUUUAUGAGUGAAUUAAGGUCAGCCUUCAAUUAUUGUCCAGAGCACUCUCAAAUUUCUAUCAUGAACUACAUUACAAACCAUCUCCAGGCCAUUUGCAUUUGUUUCUUGUUUUGUUGUGACUGAUUAGCAUCUCCACUCUCUGCUGCCCCACAAAAAAUUUAAUAAGAUCAGGUACCAAAAAAAUAAACUAAUAAAAUCAGACAGAAAGGCUUUGGUGCCUGUCUGCUUCGUAUUAAAGUCUACUACCUCCUGCAGUAAGCGCUAAUAAUGGACCUGGCUUAUACUUAGGCAUUUACAUAGAUUAUUUAACACAGACUGACGACUGCACCCAUUUCUUUGUUUGUUCAUGAAUUGCAAAAGAUAAUUUAACAAUCAACCAUUGUUACUGACACAGCGAAAAUGCGAGACCUAUCUAACCCCCUUGUCCUCUGUUCUGUAGGCGCUGAGACAGGCAUUGGUGAUGAAGUGUAAAUGCCACGGUGUGUCUGGCUCCUGCUCUAUUAGGACCUGUUGGAGGGGCCUGCAAGACCUGAGGGAAAUUGCAAUGGACCUAAAGUCCAAGUACCUGUCUGCCACCAAAGUGGUUCACCGGCCUAUGGGGACACGCAAACAGCUGGUACCUAAAGAUAUCGACAUCAGGCCGGUGAGGGAGAACGAGCUGGUCUACCUGCAGAGCUCCCCAGACUUCUGCACCAAGAAUGACAAACAGGGCUCUGUGGGCACUCAGGACAGGUAAGACUCAUUUUGCAUCACUGUGCUUGAUUGUUCAGAAGAGGAAGCUUUGUGGUAAUGAUAGCUUUCUGUUCUUGGAGUUAUUGGUAUGAAUCAGACCCACGCAGCAGACGGAUAGGAAAUGACCAAUCCUGAACGCUUGCUUAUUCAGGAUGUUGACUCUAGUGAAGUGCUGUCCUGCCUCUUGGCUCUGUUUCUUUAACAGGCUGCCUGAUAACAGCCCGUGGCCUCUGAGAGGGCUCUGUCUGUGGCUCGUCUGAGCAUGUGUCACUGAAAAGGCCACUGUGACUAGAGUCGUUGUCCCACUAUCUGAAAUAAUGACUAAUGCGGUUAUUCUUAGGACUGGGUGCACUCAAGCUGAUAUCAUUGAAGAGGGCCACACAUAUGGAGAAAUAGUUAAUGGUCCCCGAAAGAUAAAGGUUUAUUUACAUCAUUCAGCUUCAGUGCUUUAGCUGGGACUGUGUUAAGUGGUGCUGGUUUGUACUCGGUAACAAGUUAGCAGUAGUUGACACACUUGCGUAAGGGUCUGACUCAGGCUGAGAUCCAUCUGAACAAAGAGGAAAAAGAAAUGCAAAGUAUGUUGCACGUGUUCCAGUUUCUAUCAGUAUAUCAUUGAGAAAGAAAGAGAGGUUGUAUUUCAUGUAACAUUUUGGCAAGCAUCUGGAGAAACAAUAUUUAUCAGCAUUUAGGGUUUCAGGUCAGUAUAUUGCAACAUAAUUCAGCAUCAAAAGCAAGAUGUUUUCCACACUUUAUGACUCUGCCUUUUAUAGGCCUGUGGUUUUUGUAUGAAUGCUCACUUUUCAUGCUUAUUGCUUCUAGUUAGUGUUGCCGUGUUGUAGUUUAAAGAUUGAAAAGCUGAAGAUUGUGUUUGAGAUUACGCAUAAGGAUGUAUUUUCAUUAUCUUUGCAAUCUGUAUACAACAUGAAUUCACUGUAAGUGUUGUUUAGAUACACAGAACAUGCAAUCCAUCCAGCCAACAAGCCCCAGAUGAUUGUAUCUACCUCCAAGCUCUUGUCACAAAUGCACUCCACAAAAUUUCCAGCCACUCAACCAGUUUAUUUUCCUAACCAAUCAAGGGUACAACUGGUAGUGGAAAACUGUACCAAACCAUAAGCCAGACUAGACCACUUAAUGGAAACACUCCAUUAAAAUUACACAUGCAUUAAACGUCUAAAAAUGUUAUGAAUAUAACGCUGACUGAUAUAACGCUUGUGCUACAAGGUUGGGCUAGCAUAACAGAUGAGGGUAACAGGAAAGAGUAGGGACCAUGUUGUUGGUGAAGAACUUUUCUCUGUGAUUAGAAAGAAAUCAAUAAAAAUAAGUCAACAAAAGUAAGAAAAUAAACACAUAUUGAUGUUACUGAGUGAGUCCUAAGUCUUCAGUUAGCAAAGUUUGCAACACACAAAUGGUUAGAAAUAGUUCUUUGGUUACAAUAGCCAGUGAGAUGCCAUUUAUGGGAGCCUUCUUCCUAAAACAAGGCCUUAAUUAUCUUUACCAUGUGCGAUAAUGACAAAUGCUUUUGAUGACAGUAACUUAUGUCAAGAGAUAACUGCCAUUACAUACAUGUUACAUUCCCGAGUUACUCACAGACAAAACUAAUGUCUCAGUGUGCUUUUGCUUUGCUAGCUAGCCUAAGACAGAUGCUGAAGCUGUAUUCCUGUGUCUGUUCUUGUAAAAAGUCGUCUUCAGAGUCCUCGUUGGUAGCUGUGUUGGUGGAUGCAUGACAAGAACAGGUGUUGGUAGUUCUUGUAGUUCCCCGGCAAGGAGGGCACAGCACUCUGCAGCAUAUUUGUGUUGUCUAUUCUCCUCUCCUUCCUAAACUUAGUAAUGAGCAAUCUGUUGCUGUUUGGAGCUCUAGCACCAGCAUCUUUCUCCUGAGUGGCCCUCGGCACCAUUGUUGCAGGGCUAUGUUUAACUUGCAGAGGCUUCUCCAAAUUGGAAGUUCUUAGCAGCUGAUAAGCUUUGGUCCUCAAGGUUUACCUCUUGUCCUUUUUGCCUAAAUAAACUCAAAAAAAUUCCUAGAAGUAGAUGCCAUCCUCUCUCCUAUCUCACCAAAGCACUAGUUGAAUCAGCUAGCUAUACGUGUGCACUGACACAUCUGUAGGUUUAUCUUCAGCUGGUGGUCAGAUAUCUGCUUUGAGGUGGGAGAGAGACAGAGACAGUGCAAAUACUUGAGGUUCCCCUUUUUUUUUCUUUGUUAACUAAAGAAAGGGAACAGAGCACAUGUUUGCAGCGCCAAAAUCAUUAUUAUGAUGAGUAACUAUGUGGAAGAUUAAUUGAAUCGUCGUAAGAAAAAAACCCGGAACAGUUUCCCGCUGAUCAUCCAUUAAUGUCUAUCCUGAUAUUCCUGUCUGCAUAAGAAUUCAGACAAUGAUUUGCACACUGAUGCAUGUUUAAGUACAUUGGAGUGUACUUAAACAUGCAUCAACGUCAACAGCCAGUGUUAAUGGUUGUGUAAGUCACUGAGAAGAAAAUGCCUCAUUAAACGGCGCGUGAUGUUGUUUGAAAUGUCAUACAUCAUCUGACCGUCAUAUCAUGUGUUCCCCGGCUUAAGGCCACUCUACAGAUAACCACAAAGCAUGCUUCAUGUCAAGGACACUCACCAUGUCCAGUGUGUUCCAUUACAGCAGCCUGAUAAGGCAGCAGCCACACACAGUCUACAACAUUAGUGAGGCACCACCAUUACAUGAAUAUGUGACGAUAUAUUUGUGUAUGAGUAACUGUGAGUGUACAUGCGUGGGUAUUUAUUAUUCCCACAUGUGUCUGGUGUGAUGCUAUCGGAGGAGUUCUCUCUCAGACUUCGAAAUGUCCUUGCUGUGGAUCACAUGCUCAGAGUUUAUCGCUGCUGAUUUCUUUGACACUGGUGGCCACUCAAGGGGAGGAUUUACCGGAUUUACACUUGAAAUGACCUUGCUGCUAUCUUUACUGUUAGCUCUGACCCAUUUAAAAUAAUAAUAAGAGAUUGAAUAAAAUGAUGAAACAAAAAUGUUCAGAGUUAACUUUUCAUAGCUUAGAAGAAGGGGUUGCAAAGUUGUGGUUUAUAGUCAGAACAGGCUAGGCUCUCAUAUUUUCUUAUUUGUGUGAUGUUUUUUAUUAAGAACUGGCUGCACAUAUAAAGGGAGAAUAAUAAAUGUUAUACUGCACUGGCCAGUUAUUUGAGGUAAAGUUGUUUUUUUUUUUAAAGAUUUUUACAGAUCCCAAGGAGGUUUGGCAUGAAACAGGCAGGAAUGUUUGGAGUGUCAGAGCUGGAGGCAGUGAAAACAACAUUAUAGGGGCAUUAUCUUCUUGAUAUGAACAGCUUUAGGCACAUUGUUGGCAUUGAAACAGCUAACCUUGGCGGCGAUUCUCAAGUAAAAGAAAGCUAUUUUGGUCACCCUCUAUGGAAAGGUAAAUUUUAGUCUGCGUCUUAAAAAAUGCCUGAUGAACGGUCAGGCCAAAGCACCAAAUUAGAAACGGGGUAAGGUAGUAGUCUUUCAGUUUUCUCACCAUUUCAUUUAAAACAUUUGUCUACAUUCAUCAAUUACUUGUUGCUGAUUACACUGCGAAAUGGGCCAUCACUCAAUUUUUGUUGAAUGUAACAUACAGAGGUGUAUCAUCAGCGUAGGUGUUGAAGAUAAGUUCACGGAUUGGAAACCUCAGACAAUCAAUCGUGCACAGAAAGGGAUUUUCAAGGUGAAUAUUCAUUGAAAAUGAAAUAAACUAACACACUCAAGUGGAACGUUUUACUUUAUUUCUGCAACAAAACCCAAAAACUGGAUGUGGCUUUAGUCCUGGAGAUACUGUUCAGUAUUAACAAAUGUGGACCUUAAUGCUAGUCUUGUAACCAAAGAGCAAGAAAAUGCUCUUCAUUUGCAUACAGUGGACCACAAGUUUUUAAUUACAGGCUGGUUAAAGGUCAGACAGCAGGAACAGGACAGGUCCAAGAGAAACAGACAGCAAUAGGAGGCAUAGGCUGAAGGAGAGGCGAGACUGAGCAGAGAACUGAGCAGGUGAAUUAUUGGUGUUAGAGACCUGCAACAGUUUAUGUGGUUAGGAUGCAGAUGUUUUACAGUAUACCACAGAUAUAUUAAGUCUGUUUUUAAGUGUUAAAUCACUUUGUCACUUCAGCCUGUAACUGUCCUCCACUCUGCAGCUCACACAUAUAACCACAGUGUUUGUUGCGUUACAUCUUAUGUAGAGGCAUUUCGAUCCAUCAAAUUAUUAAUUUGAAUUAAAAAUUUAUGUUGCAAAAUAGCUUUCUGCAGGAGUAACACAACCUCUGUGGCUAAGCGCAUCAGCAUUGUGCAUUAAAUUAAACCAGAGUGCAACAGCUUGAGCGGUCUUCAGAGUGCAACUUUACUGAAAGUCUUUGUAGUUCACAGAACAAUCCAUUGUUUAGAUUUGUGUUGAUAGUGGAAGGGUCAAAGCUUGUAAAAAAACCAAAUUAGGUGACAUAGGCUUAUAUCAUGAUGCAUUUAACGUACAAUAUGCAAUACAUUACUUCUUUUUAACAGCCAGUUUUAGCCAAAAUAAAGUGUAAAUAUUGAAAAAAAUUACACCUAUAAGUUGCUCUUGAAUACUGAGAUCAAACAUUUCAAAAUUGUCACCCAACAAGACACUUAUAUAUGUUAAAAAAAGGGGAGGGGAACAAAAACAGUUUCCUUUAGCUUAUGAGACUCCAGGGAAAUAGGUACUCCUUCUCUGUCCAGCUUCUGGACUAACUAUAGAAUCUGGGACAGAGAAAUUGAAUUUCAGCAGCAGCUCUCUAAUGGUUGUUGUGUGACCAGAGAAAGAGUGCUAAAACAGGGCCAUGACCCAGGGAUGAGGUUUACCAUUGAAGCCUGAGCUUUAGUCCUAAAUUGUUUAAUUGUUGCUUUAUGUAAACCAGCAGAUGUACUCCACUUACAGCACAGCAGUGAUAUAACCUGAUCUUGCUACUGACAAACCAGUGUGGGGGUUUCUGUCUGAUUCUAGCUCCCACUGCUCCAAUAAACCUGUCGCCCACUCUCAAUGACUCUCCUCCUCCUUCUCCUCCUCCUCCUUCACUCGCCCAGCAGCCAGCAACGAAGUGUCUCCCUCACCAUGCUGGUCAUUAACACUCUGCCAUCAUAAAACAAUGCAAUUAUGUGCAGAGGGCAAGCUAAAGAGAGGGAGGGAGGGCAGCUCUGUGUAUUCAGUGUGAUUUAUGGAGGGCUAUUCUCCGCUCAUUUAAGAUGCCACAGGCUUCUGAGGUGUGAGGCUCCCAAACAUCCACUACCUCAGAGACGACGAAACAAAAAGAAAAUGAGAGGAAAAAAUGUUUGGAGGAAGGAGUGCACAAAAGGUUAAGGCUGGCUGGUCAGUCAAGCACUCUUAAAGGACUAUUGUUGCCUCCCCAGGCUGCAGGACUGGACAAAAUAUUUUAGUACCAAGCUAUAAACUUAAUGUCUUAGACCAGUAAGUAAAUUGCUACUGGUAGUUGGCCUCAUUUUCUCUGUCUUGUUAAAGCUUUACAUGCAUAAAAGUUUCCUGGUUAUCAUUGUAGUUUUUUACGUUUAUAGUUUCAUGUUGCUCAUGUUUUACCAAGCGUCUUUACAUGUGCACACAUGUACUUGUAUGCUGGCUUACUGGUUAGGAAAAAGUUUUUAAAGCAGUCCAGAUAUUGGUUGAGCAUGUGAAUAUCUUUGCUUUAGAGUGGUGGAUUAGUCCUUAUUCUCGUUCAGAACCCUGGAUUGUGCUUUUCCUUGACUCUGAUGGAUUCCUGCAUGUUAAAAAGCUGAUCUGUCUUCUUGCACAUUUAUUGUUGGUUUACAAAAUAGGAACUGCAGCUGUGAGAGAAGAAGACAAAACUGCAGAGAGAGAGAGACAGACAUGGAUGCUGCAAUGAUGUUGGCAAGAAAGUUAUCAACUAGGCUCCUUCUGAGCAAAAUAUCCUGAUUUACAUCAAAAAUAGGUCAAGACUCAAAGUGGGGCAAUAAGAUUGAAGUUAAAGUAGUCUUGGGAUCAGAAAUCCAGUUUUGUCCCAGUCCUGGUCCUGAAAAUCCUUUACAUUUUACCAAGAGCACUCCAUCUAUUUUUAGGGUGUUUUUUCAUUUUUUAGGGCUUUCUAUGCAUUUAUUGAAAGAAUAGGACAGUGGACAGAAUAGGAAACUAGGAUUAAAGAGUGGUAGUCGCUGCCACCACUCGUUAUUCAGAAUUACUACAGUCACCUCUGUUAUAGGCUUUUGCCCAGUGGGAAUCAGGUCUUUACUCUAAGCCAGGUUUAGCAGGAAAGCCCAGUAACAACUCAAUGUAUUAUUGAUAAUGAGGGAAUACCGGUCUGCAGGCAGCCCUGACUUCGUUUCCCAUCAUCCCAGUCAUCAUUUUCUUCAUCUCUAUCUACACAUUCUGCAAGAAAAUACAAAGCUGCGGGCCUGGGAGCGGAUUUUGUUAUCAGGAGUUCUGGUUUGUGUUUGUCAUCCAAGUAGCAUCGUCCACUGUUGUUUCAGUGGGCUUUGACUCAAAUGAGGCAGAACCCAGUUUGCUGUAAUGCAAUCCCAUCUGUACUCAUCCAAGCUGCUGCUGAUUUAGCUGAAAUCAGCUGAUACAGAUCAAUAUCUGGAGACAAGAGCAUUUAUCAAUCCCAUAAUAGAUGUUGUUUCUUAAAACAAACACCAUUGUUGCUUACUGAGUUGCUGGUCUGUCUGUAAAUAAUGACUUAAACAGGCACAGAGGUCUUGAUCUGAAGUCUUUCAUUGCUAAAAACUGGACAAAAAAGAAGCUCCAGAGGUUGGCUGCAGCACAGACUCAUGAGUUCUCUUGAGUACUCAUGGUCAUAUAUCUAGCUCUACUGAAACCUGGACAAGAACCCAUCCAGAUUUUUGAAACAACAACAGAAGGUUGACAGGCACAAAUCUUAGCCAGGAUACUCAUAAAAUAAUGUAAUGACCAGGAUAGUUGCGUGCAUUUAAACACAAUUACACUCUAAGGAGAUUCAAAUCUGGAUCAAGCUCAAAUGGAGUUUUCCUUGUAGCGUGCAAAUGCUCAGAGUGUGCAUUUGUAGAAGUGUAAUGCUGAUUUUAACGUUUCCUCUUUUCUUCGUUUCAGGCAGUGCAACAAAACCUCUCUGGGCAGUGACAGCUGUGACCUGAUGUGUUGUGGUCGUGGCUACAACCCGUACACAGAGAAGCUGGUGGAGCGCUGCCACUGCAAGUACCACUGGUGCUGCUACGUCACCUGCAAGAAGUGUGAGCGGAUCGUGGAGAGAUAUGUCUGCAAAUGAGUCCCAGCCUCAGUCCUCCGCCUGUGCCCAGCCACCCGGGACUACAGAUUAACCAAAGCACUACAAUACCACAAAGGCUUACUUUUGUCUUAAGCUUUAGCAUGUGUAUCUCACGGGAAGCGGUCUGUUCUUGUGUCAGUAUCAUUUUGUAUCAAAUCUCUAAGUUGGGCUUCUUCGCUUCACAAAGCUGGACAUUGAGUGCCGGUUUACGUGAAGACCACCGUCCUCCUGGGUGUUUCUUUUUUUGUUAAUGAGUAUCAAUCCCGACUGAAAGGGAUAGUGAAAGUCUAUUUUAUUAUAUCUCUAAUAAAAAGAAAUAAUAUUGGAUUUUAUGCUGGAGGAGAGGGUUUGUUUUUCCCCUCACUUGACUUGUGUUUGGCUUCAUUCCUCGGAUAUCAAAGGGUUCUGAUGGAUCCAUGUGGUACUUUUUUGGUACUAUUCAGACUUUUUUCCUCAUAGUGAUGGACAACAGAGGAAAAGGAAACACAAAGGGAACUUCAAGUACUUUUCAAUCGUGGAUCUUUUUCUUGUGGUUGACGUUUUGGACUCUCACAUGUCCUGUGUGGAUCCUGACAUGCCUGCAUCCCUGUGGAUCGAGAGAAGAGGAGCGUUAAGGACUUUGAACAAUGGUGCAUUAUCUCUUUUGUCUGCAGUUCUAAAAUAUAUUCUAUUUUUCAGAGCCCAUGAGCUGAACUCAAGGAUUUUGUAAACCACUCUUGUGUGGAUGUACAUAAUGUUAUUUUGUAUACUGAAAUAAAGACAGAAGUAUUUAUAAAAUAAUUAAAUGAUCUUCAUCAUUUUACACCAGUGUUGCAGAGUUUGUCUUUUAAUGAUGUUUCUUGGUCUCAGUUUUUUAAUAAAGGAGAAGUGGACUUGAUGACAGUGUAAGGUUUUCAUACAUAACUUCAGAGUUGAAUCAAAGUAUAACUACGUCUUUUAUCUUUGCAAUCAUAAUAAGCAUUAAUUCAAAAAUUACAUUGUUGGCAGGUACAAAGACAGAGGUUUCAUGAUCUGCUCAGUGGUUUUCUUCAUUAUCUAAUCCUGUUCUCCUGCUUUGUCUUUGCCAUGGACCUAAUCUCCCUCCUAAUUAUGAUCAAGCUGAAACAAUCUGUGUUGAAAAAUGAAGCCAAUCUGGAAGAGCAUGAAACUGCAGUUCCCAAAGCCUCCACUUGAGGCUGGCUCCAAAAACUCAGGACUUCCAUCAACACCUUUGUACAAAUUCUCAUUUUUACAGCAACAUAAAUCAAGCUUACAGCCUGGUUUAAUAAACAUUUUUUUGGUUUUAACAGCUCA